AUGAAGAUAACCAAGAUGCAGCUCUUGCUGCUACUGACAGCACUACUUAACUCCUAUUCAUCUGCCAGUGAAUGCACUGAUUGUGUCGGUCGCGGAUGUGUGUAUUGCAAACAUGACGAUUUCUUCGGCGGUGCAAGCGGACCCAGCCUGUGUGCCUGUGCGGAAGAUGGCUUUAAAGGCUGUAGCGAGUUUACCUUUGGGGCAUCUGAACUCAAGUCAAGGCCUGAUUGUACUUUUGGGAGUCAACAGGGCGAAAUCAUUGCCGCAGUCGUUGCGAUUGCGUGCCUUUUUGUUGCGACUGGUAUUGGCAUAUGCAUUUACAUGCGAAGAAGGCGAUAG